AUGUCAUACGCAAAGCAAGACGGAAAGGACAAAGUUUUGUUUGUCGACAAGGACUAUGUUGAACAACAACCUGAAAUUGAGGUCCCCAAGAGCAAUGAGCAAGAAUCCAAAGGAGAAGACAAUGAUCAAGCUGCUGCUUUCGAUCCAGAGACUGGCGAGAUCAACUGGGAUUGUCCCUGUCUAGGAGGUAUGGCUCAAGGUCCAUGUGGUGAAGAAUUCAAGGCUGCCUUUAGUUGCUUUGUUUAUUCGAAUGCUGAACCCAAGGGUGUUGAUUGUGUUGACAAGUUCCGUGAUAUGCAAAAUUGCUUCCGACAGCAUCCUGAUGUGUAUGGCGACGAGAUUGAUGAUGACGACGAUGAUGAAGAGGAGGAAUCCAAGCCUGAGGUCAAGGAAGAAAAGGAGGAAAAAGAGGAACAAGAAUCAUCAUCACCAUCAUCAUCUGUGGCCGCUUCAUCCGUUUUGGAAGAGGGUGAAAGCAGUGGCAUUUCCUCUUGGAUCGCAUCUUGGUUCUAA